AGAUGUCGCCGACUGUGCGCGAAGCAAUCUGUCAAAAUUAAAAAGUAUUAUCAAAAUGUAAACGUUUUAUAUUUUCUAUAAAAAAUGUACUUAUUUGAAUUGUACAAUUUAGAAAGAAUAUUCGCACGUUGCCGAUUUAUACAAAAUGUAUAUUAGAAUUCGAAGCUAAAUGAUCAAACGUAAAUAUGCCUAUGUUUGGUUCAAAAGGUGACAGUAACAUAGUUUAUAAGUGCACUGUAAGAUUAUUAGAAGAUACAGAAAUAUUGGAAUGUGAAUAUAAGCCAAAUCACAAAGGAAAAUAUUUAUUGGAGUAUGUGUGCCAACAACUGAAUCUUGUGGAACAAGAUUACUUUGGAUUGCGUUAUGUCGAUGUCUCACAGCAAAGGCAUUGGUUAGAUUUAGGAAAGUCUAUUAUAAAACAAGUUAAAGAUUUGGAUCCAGUACUCUUUAGUUUUCGUAUAAAAUUCUAUCCGCCUGAUCCUUUUCGUCUUAAGGAAGAAAUAACACGUUAUCAAAUCUAUUUGCAGUUGAAAAGGGAUUUACUGCAUGGUAGGCUUUAUUGUGCACCAAGUGAAGCGGCCAUGCUAGCGGGAUACAUAAUACAAGGCGAAAUUGGAGAUUAUAUUCCUGAAAUGCAUACCGGUCACUAUGUGAGUUGCUACAAAAUCUUGUUGAAGCAAACUGAAGCUAUAGAAGAAAAAAUUAUGGAGAUUCACCAGAGAACCUUAAAAGGGCAAACACCGUCGCAGGUUGAAAAUGGAUUUCUUAAGCUCGCAUGCCAAUUAGACACUUACGGUGUCGAUCCACAUCCUGUUAAAGUAAGAAUCGUCGUUGAAAGACCGAAAUUCAUUUCGUCUUUUAAGGAUCAUAAGGGAGCUCAAUUAUAUCUAGGAAUAAAUUACAGCGGCAUUUUAACCGUUCAAGGUAGUCGAAAGACGCACCAUUUUCGAUGGCUGGACGUACAAAAGAUUAAUUACGAGGGUAAAAUGUUUAUAGUUCAUCUUAAUUAUAAUGAGAAGAAACAUACGAUCGGAUUUAAGUGUCCUUCUGGAGCAGCGUGCAAGUACGUGUGGAGAUGUGCCAUGGAGCAGAUGUUAUUUUUUACAUUACCAAGUAGUUCAGACGCUCCCUCAGUGGUUUCGGGAGGAGGAUUAUUCUCGUGGGGUUCUAAGUUUAAGUACACGGGUCGGACGGAACGGGAAAUUUUGGAAGAUAAUAGAUCUCCUAGCAGGGAGCAACCUACAAUUCAACGCACAUCUAGUUUAAGACGAAAAGCUUCUAGUGUUCCUGCAACACCGUCAACACCAUUGCAGCCACACUUAGGUUAUAGCAGUUUACCUCGUUCGAGCCACUCCGAUGUCGGUGGUUCGCGAAUGGAGCCGUCGACUAGUACGGGACUCCUUUCGGGACUAGAGGGACCAUCUUCUCAAAGUUUCGUUGACUCUGGUUUGGAGACCGUAACAGAGGAUCAAGAAAAUUUAGGUGGUUUAAGACGUCGUGCUCCAGUUAACGAAGAUUCGGUCGACCGAUUUAGUGAUUAUUAUUUUCGGGAUUCGUUCGAACACUCGUCGUCCGAAUCUCAACUUGUUGAAAAUAAUUCGCGAAUGAUCGAGACCAAUCCAUCGCAUCGUUCGAGCCGUAGUCAAACACCUUUGUUACAUUAUCACCUUGAUGGUAGGAUAAAUUUGCCAAAUGCACCUAAUAAAAAAUCUCGCAGAGUGUUCACUUCUCUUAAAACUUGUGGAUUUGUUUUAAUCAUAAUGUUAAGUAUUGCCCUAUUCGCAACUAUGGUUUUCGAAUCUAACUACGAAGUAUUUAUCCGCUGUAGAAGCAAUCCCGAAGUAAUAUCGUUAAAGGUCACUUAUUGGGAUCCGAUAAAACAGUACUUACGAAGAAAAGCGGACGGGAAAGAAGUUUCCAGAACUUGUUCAAUAGGCAAGUAGUUGAACAUAAUUCGUUGUUUUUGUGAUAAUAAAUUUAAUACUACACCUGGCCAAUACACUCGAUUUCAUGUGAUGAGUUAGAGUUCUGUUGUAUUAAUGACGGUGUAACUAACUACAAUUUUCAUUUAUGGGGGACACAUAUAGUGUUUCAGAGUUUACGAAGAAAUUUAUUUUACCAGAAAAGAGUGUGUGGAAGAAAUGUAUGAACAGUUUUAUAAUUAUAAAGAAAAAGUGAACGUUUA